AUCAAGAAGCAUCAUACGCAUAGUGUGCUACAAACUACACGCCAACAAAUAACUACCACGAUUUCCCCAAAUCAUUUACUCCAGUUGCCACAAAUCAUUGAUAUUUAUUCGAGUUCCGGUGUGAAUGUCAUUGUUAGUGUCCAAGGCUGACUCGUCCCAAGAUGUGGAUUACUAGAAGACAUCACGAUCGGCAUGUCAGAGUGUCUUCUUAUUUUGAUAACAGGCUUGUUCCUGUUUCGCGGGACCUACGGGACCGGUGAUCACCAGGGGUGGCAGCGUGACAUUGCGCGCGGCUCGAACGCCUAUGGUGUCGAAGGGCGGCUCAGCGGCGACCGGCCUCUGCGGGGGGACGGGCGACAGAGGCUACUGCCGCUAGGCUUCGUGCCCGUGGGCCCCGAACGUCGGCUAGAGACCGGACCUCACGGAGGAGGCAGUGCCGGGGGCGUGGCCCCAGGCGGGGGCGGCCAGCCGCUGGGCCCCGUAGCUCCUGUCGUGGGGCGCUCUCCCAAGCCGCACGCGGCUCGCGGCCUGGCUCCUGACUCUGCCACGGAAGAGAUCAGCCUAAGGCUGACCGUCGUCACACCCAGAAGCGGCAGCCCCGCGUCCGGAGACCGCCAGGAUGGAAGAGGCUCCGUCUCGUCGGACGGCCUCACCCAAGGACUGCGAGGGGGCGACAUUCUGGGAGCCCAGCAGUCCGGCGAAAAACCCGCUGCCGCCGUUGGCGGACAGGAGAUCGUCUUGGGCUUUCAGAGGAACAGUGCCCAAGCAGGCGGCGAGGAGGGUGAAACAGACAUCGCACCGAAGCAGUCCAAGACUUCGUCGGCCAUGCCUCAGCUCGGACCCCCGCUGGGAAGUGACCAGGCCUCGGAGGCUUCCCGUAAAGGUAGCGCCGUCAGCGGGCCGGGCCACCCUGCCGGCGUGACUAGCGAGCAAAACUCUGGGUUCGACUGCAGAAGGCAGCAGAUGGACGGAUUCUACGCUGACAUCUCAGACGAGGCCAGGUGUCAGGCAUUUUGGGUAUGCCACAACAAACAGCAAGAUGGCUUCCUUUGCCCAAAUGGCACGGUCUUCAACCAGCGCUACCUCACCUGUGACUGGUGGUUCAACGUGCAGUGUGACGAAUCGCCACAGCACUUCGACCUGAACCGGAACAUCAGCGUGGUGGGCACCCACAUCAGCGCCCAGCCGGCCGGGAUGCCGGCCGGAGCCGCACCCAGGGUUCACCCAGUGCUGACGAUGCUGGGUGACAUACUAAAAUAUCCAGGAGUUCCUCCCGUCCCUCCUUCUAAUUCGACUGCACCUUCAAACAAGUCCGCACCUACAGCCCCUGCCUCUCAAGCAGCGACGCCCAGCUCCAGUCAGCAACCCUACGAUUUUGAGCUAGAUGUGGCCAACGUGUUCGUUGUGGGUGGGAUUCCGGGAAUCCCGCCAUUGGAUACGCAAUGCGGCGACCACCUGCAGUCAAAAGCCACUGACCAUACAGCCUGCAGCUUGAACAGACAACCAACCAAGGGUCCAAAGCUUACAAACAAAAGGCACGCAAAAAGGUCAUCUGCUUACAUCCACAAGAGACCUUACAAGCGUGAUUUAGGCAAUACGAAAACUACGAAGCACUUGCAUAGACGCAAAGCCCGCGACAGCUUUAUGGUGCAGGCGGCAAAGGGGCUAGAAAGCGCUACCUCUAUGCUGUCUUCGAGAAUACCUCAGGUGGAGCGGUCGGCCAUCUCUCAGCUGCACAAGCGUGCCACUUCGCCGUCACCGGCGCCGGCUGCGCUGCCGUCCGCACUGGCCGAGCCGCCUGAUCAGGGAGCCGCGGCUAACCAGGCCGGCCCGCAGCCUAUUGUUCAAACCGUCGAUAAGAUCGCAUUUCCUCUAGCCCCCAACGGUGGAAACUUACCAAAGGUGGAAGAAGACUUCAAAAUUCAGGGCAUGGGUGGCGAUGGAAGGGCGACAUCGAUCAAGGACGUUAUGCCGUCACAUUUUCCGGUUCCAGGCGCUCUCAAAGUCAUGGCUGCAAGCGGAAAGGAAGUUCCAUAUGGCUCCAUGGCGUCUGCUCCACCAAGCCAGACAGGCAGUCAGCAGUCGCCAACUGGUCCAGCCCAGGAAAACGGGAGUGGCCGUGAUUACGCCAGUAUUUCGUUGGCGCAGGACGUAGACUUCGGGCAAGGCAGCAAAGGCGGCUCCGGAGAAGGUGCGGCCGAGGACGGAGCCCGCAGCGGACGCAGCGGGUCUCCCAAUGGACAGACGGCUGUCUCAGGUUUUCUGGCGAGUCCAGUUGCUACCGCUGCUCAACCCCCUGCGCCCGGAAAUGCUGCGGGCUUGAAUGACGGGUCAAACGCACAAGACGCCAGUGCGCCGUCCCCUCCAAGGGCCUCACUGUACUGCCGCGAACUGAAGUCGCACGGAUAA